AUGGACGCCAAGCAAACGGUGCUCAAGAUCAAGUACAAGGGCGAGCUGCACCGUCUGCGCGUGGACCUCACGUCGUUCUCGCUCGAGGCUUUGACGGCGCUCUUUGCCGAGACGUUUAACCUGGCGCCGGGCAGCUUUGUGGUGCAGUACACGGACGUGGAAGGCGACUGCUUGAACGUGACGUCGCAGGCCGAGUACGAGGAGGCAUGUCGCGUACUGUCGCCGGCGGCAGCGAGCGCCACGUCGGUGCGCUUUGAAGCUGUGAGCCGCUCGACGGUCGCGUUCCAAGAGAAUGUGGCGGCGCCGAUCCUCAUGGCCAUUGAGAAGCUCGUGGAGACGCUGACUGUAGCCAUGAGCAAGGUGAAGCACGAGGAGUGGGCCGACAAGGCGCAGCAGACGGCGCAGACGGGGUUCGACCAGACGAACGAGGCGCUCAAGACGGUGGUCCAGGACGCGCGCGAGGCGGUGCAGGCGGCGCGCGUGAGCAUUCAGGAGCUGCCGUUUGACCAGCUCAUGAAGGAGACGACGGAAGGUCUCAAGUGUGCGGCCGAGGGCAUUGGUGAGUUUGCCAAGGAGGUGGUGGUCGAGAUUAAGAACAUGGCGCCGGUCCAGGCGGAAGUGGCGCCUAUUCCAGAGACGCCACGGCAGUCGACGGCCGCUGUGGUUGUGGAGGAAGCGACUGAAGCGCCGGUGGCGGCUGCCAGCGACAGCGAGUGGGAACAAGUGACGGAGCAGACGUCGGUUCCGGUGGAGGAGGCGCCCGUGGUUGUCGAGCCCGUGGUGGCUGAACCGGUUGUGGUUGCAGCUCCGGUUGUUGUGGCGCCGGUGGUUGCCGCGCCGUCGCAGGACGAAAUCAAGUGGUCGGAGGAGCUGUAUAUGGUGCGCAACAUCUUUCCGGGUGUGGAAACGAGCGUGGUCGUGGACCGUCUGGAACAGUGCAACGGCAACGUGCUGGUGGUGGUGAACGCUCUGAUGGAGGAGAUGUAG